AUGAACCGCCGAGGAGCUCUACUCGAGACACACACCGGCGACGGAACUACUCGCCCUCCCCAGAUCGUCGGCAGUACCGCCACUCUACCCCAAGCCAUCAACAGGCACAGCCGCAGAUACGACUCUCCCCCACUGAAACAGUCCCCUCGACGUAGCAGCGAGCACAAGGACCAGCACCGCGCCAAGAGUGUCCCGCACAAGGACGACAGGCUCGGGCAGGCUGCCAAAGCGGCCCUCGACGCAGCAGCCAUCGAGGCCAUCAGAGUACGGCACCACCCUGGGCCCUGGGCAGGCACAAAGGGGGCACGCGUUGCCACGGCGGCCGUGGGGGCUGCCAUCAUAGACCGUGGGAUGAUGGGCCGCGACCCAGAAGAGAGGAGCACGAGACAUAUGCUACAGUCGGCGAUUGGGGGGCUCGCCGCCACCAGGCUCCUGAACGGCGCACGCAAGAAAUGA